AGCUUGUCGAGAAGUCAUAUCGUGUUCAUUGAUGCUCUUCGAAGUACUUGAUGAACGAUCUCAAUUCUUCGCGAGAACCGUACCGAAAGGUUGGAAAAGGUACGGGUAACGGUAUCCUUCAAUUGUUCUGUGUCUCUCUGCCUCUCACAAAUCCAAGGGAUCCAAAAGCAAAAAGCAAAAACAAACACAAACAACUAUAUCCAACCCAACCCAACCCAACCCAACAGCUAUCUGCAUCACCAUGUCUGCAAUCUACCUUGUUACCGGUGCCAACAGUGGCUUGGGACUUGACUCCGUCCGUCGUCUAGCCAUGAUGCCCUCCACCAAGAAAAUCUACAUGGGGUGCCGCUCUGAAAACAAAGCCUCCGCUGCCAUUGACUCGAUUAAGGGCAUGGAAGGAGUGGAUGUGACCAAGCUUCAGUAUGUCCACUUUGAUGCAUCUGCUUCCAAGGAAGCAAUAUUUAAGAUUGUGGACUCUCUUGACAAUGACCCGAUAACUGGAGUCCUUCUCAAUGCUGGUGGCAUUGGUCAUGACAAGACCAAGAAACCGAUUGGACCCAACCAUGUCCUUGAUGUCCACCAAAUCAAUUUGAUUGGACACAUCCAGCUUGUGGAGGCUCUCAAGCCCAAACUGGCCCAGGGAUGUAAGCUUGUCUUUGCAGGAUCAGAAGCUGCUCGCGGUGUCCCCCUCAUGAUGAUUGGUACUCCCAAGCUUGGUGACACAAGUGAUUGGUACAAGAACCAACUUGAAGGAAACUUUCGUGGUUAUGAUCCCAUGGCUGUGUAUGCCAAGACUAAGGGAUUCGCGGCAUUGUACUUUGCUGAGUGGGCUCGUCAGAACCCCAAGUACAACGUCCUGGUGGUGUCCCCAGGUGGUACCUCUGGCACUUCUGCUUUAAAUGCGGAUGCAGUGCCAGCUCACUUCAGAUUGAUGAUGCCUGUUAUGAUGCCCAUGAUGAAGGCAAUUGGAGUCAUGCAUCCCUUGGAAGAUGGAACUGACCGGUACAUUCAGGCUCUUACUGGCAAGUAUGACAAAACAUUCCAGAGUGGAUCUUUUGUUGCAUCGAAGCGAGGAACUACAGGCAAGGUCAGUGAUCAGACCAAGCUCCGCAAAGGGCAGAUGUAUGCUGACACAGUGAAGCAGAAGGCCGCCUUUGAAGCAUUGUCAGUCUACACCACAAAGCCCCUUCACUCUGAUGUGCAGCAUAUUGUGGAUGUUUCUGCUGUGCAGAAUAUUGUGUCGGUUUAAAGUGGAACUUUAAUCAUCCAGCAAGAGAUACUAGUAGAUUCCAAAAGCACUAGCACUACUCAAUAUCCCCAGAUAAGGCUAUUGUAAUAUUUCCCGUAGCAGCAGUGGACGCAAUGUGCGUUUUCUAGAGAAUGAAUGAGGCCAAGA